CUUGAAAGGGUUUGGUAUAUCCCUGCUUAGAGGCUGGGUUCCAUUAACUCCGGACUAUAGCUUGAUCAUGCAACCUUGGUGGCCCAAUGCAGAUAUAUACCUGGAGACAUUGAAACCAGAUUAAAUACAAAUUUAAUAAAACAACUAAAUUGGGGUUUAAGUCCCAAAAGAGCGUAGAUGGGAUUUACAUGGUCAAAAGUGUUAAAUGUGAUAAAUAUUGGUCUUUGACUUUGAUUUCAGCAAUGACUUAUUAUACCCAAAGUGGAGAUAUAUUGUUGUGUUUAUUUGACAAAAAUGACCAGCUCUCCAGCAUGUCAGACCUUAUUGCUUAACAGUGUUGUCUAAAUGAACAAUCUCACAAAUGGAAAAAUUCACAUCCAUAUUCCUAGAAAUAUAUGAGAAAUAAGUGCAAACUGAUCAUUAAAAUGGCGCGCCGAAGAUCCUUUGAAAUUGAUUAUCCAAGUCAGGGUUUAGUGUCGAGUAGAUCUGAGAAUCAGGAACACAGAUCGGACACCUUUGCUACCAGACGUGGGUCCAUUGAUGAAUACAAAAGAGGGUUUAGUACUGAAGUGAAUGAACAUGAUGAGGAUCAAGAAAGAGUUGACAAUGAUGUGAAUCUGACAGAAGAUCAAUAUGUGAAUUACAAGUUAAAAAUGAAAGCUGGAGAAAAUGAGUGUGAUACUGAGCACAGAACAAAUAAUCUUGUUUAUAUCAAAGGAAAGAUUGGAUCUAGCUCAGGGGAUGUUAUUGCAGAUAUAUAUUGCUGUCAUAGAGAUUUAGAAAGAGGGAGAAUGAAUUCUGAAUCUUCCCUUGGAAGUCCAUUAAAUUCAGUAGCUUUGAGAAAAAUUUUAAGAUCUCCAAGAUAUGUUAGAGAUGAUCAAAAAGGCAGAUCACGCAGAAAAGAAUCCUCAAGCUCUUCAGCUUUAUCUUCUCCAGUAGUGUAUAGAAGUAAAUCAAGAACACAUAGUCCACACGUAUAUCAUGCAUCACCAACAAGAUCCUCAGCAACAGCUUCUCCAAAAGUAGAAAAUAGAUUUAUUGAUGCCUUUAGAGAUUUGGCAUCAUCAUCGGCCUCUAGAAGAACAGCAACAUCUCAAGGAGAACAUGUCUCUUCAGGUGCUGCAACUGCCAGAAUGAAUGCUGAUAGAGAAGCGAUUGCAAACUAUGAAAUGGAUAUAGCUGCAUUACCAUACAGCCAGCAGGAAAUGUCAGGAUAUGACAACGAAAGUUUUCUACCAGACACAGAGGUCCCUCUUGGCAUCUCCUCAUACCCUUUCUCCAUCAGAUCUAUUCCAUCCACUAUACCUAAUAUACACGGAGCAACGGAUACACAAUUGAACCUUGACACACACACUCACAAUAGAUAUCUGGACUCAAACUUGAACCUUGACGAACCACUCUACAGCAAUUCUAUUUCUACAAUUGGACGUCAAUUCAGCCAGCAAAUUGAAAGAGCAAUCCACGCGCUCCGAGAUCCCCCGGAGAGAAGAACUCCUACUCCUACACCCAGUCCUCCACCUAGAUAUGAGGAUGUAACCAACCUUCCUCCUCUAAACACUGACCCAACAGGAUAUUAUGAGCCUACUCCCCAUCAGCUCCAAAACAACCCAACAAGAUGGAAAUGGAUGGGACAUUGUUGGACCCCAGUACCAGCUCCCUGCACAUGUGCUAGGGAGGAGGAAAGAAGAAGAAGAAGGGAAGGGAGAAGAAGCUGCACCACAAUAUUUAUACUUUUAAUAGUAUUUCUGUCAAGUAUAUUGGCAGGGUUAGCUUACAAACAUUGGGAGUUGGUUUUAUACAUGAAACAUCUUAAAUUAACAACAGGCUUUGAUUCUGAGUCUGAUGAGACCUCAAUUCCAAUCUGGUAUCCGGAGCUACUUGAGAUUGCAUUUCUGGUGCUUGGCGGAACUAUCAUUCUGAUAGCAGUCAUGAGAGAUGUUACCAGAUGCAGGGAUCAGAAUUCAGAAUCAUAGAGGCAAAUAGAGAUAACUAGAUUGAUAUAAAUUUUCUAGAGGGUUUAACAAGUCGAAAAGAGAUAAAGUGAAAAUUUAGAAGACGCAUGGUGCAGAUAAACUCUAAAAGUUGCAUUUUCUGUACAACACGUACUAAAUAUGCAUUCUGGCAUUCAAUCUGUAGAGUUGAUCCAACACGUUUUAUGCAACAAAAGUAGUCUGGCUAGAUCACAAUGCAAUCAGAUUUAGAGAAUAACUGAGCGCAGAUUGAAAAAAACGAUUGAUUUACAUUUCAAAACUAUAAGAACUAAAAAAUACAUUUUUAAAAAUAUUUUUUUGGCUAAUUUAUUCUUUUACAAAUAAUUGAGAUGCACACAGAGUUUAAUUUGCAAUUUUUUAUUUUGGAGAUAUUUUAUAUAUGGCUCAAACUAUAAUUUUUAUGUAAGUG